AUGCCCAUUCCUCAUCUCGAGACUCCCGUGACAUCAAGCACCAGCCACAUCUCCCGGGUAUCAUUUCUCGAGGAACAGAACGUGCGGAUGGCGUCAACUUUGUUCCAAGCGCAGCCUUCGUAUACAUUCGAGACAUGGGAGGACUGCAUACGUUUUCAGGAAGCGCUGCUCAGCCAGACUGUUAUCUUCACUGCGGGUAUUGCAGAGGCAAAAUCCAAAGGGAGAGGCGAAGAAUGUAUCAGCCAGAACCUGCGCAUUCUCCGUUCGCGGACGGGGAGGCAGGUCAUUCUCUUCUUUGCUAAUUCACAGCGAAAAGAAAAGAAGCGGUACAUCACUAUUCCCCUUGACUGCAUCGAUCAGAUUGAACAGAGCAAAAAAUCAGGCCGUCCGAUGACUAUUUCGUUACGACCGAAUUUCGACUUGUUGACGCAGUUGAAGGCGCUCCACAUUACCUUCCUUGAUGAUAACGACCAAAAGAAGUUCUUCGGCCUGCUAUGCCAUGGUGUAGGCUUCCAGGGAUGA